AUGACCAAAACCUCCAUGCAAGUUUAUGAUUCCCUGCGGAGCAAAUAUGAAAUAUCGCCUUCCGCUACGCCCACCAUGGGCGUUGUCAAUAAGGUUUCUAAGUGGCAAUGCUGCAAGUAUAACCCCGGGAUUAAGCCAGGAGACUCCGUCGGCGAAUGGCGGCAGCAUUUGAUGGAGACGCAGCAUGUCUAUCCUAUUGAUGAGCCGGUGCGCUGCCGCCAUGCCUUCUAUGUGCUUUUGCAUGCAGUUCGAGAUAGUCCUGCUUGUGAAUCUUGGAUCAACAUAGUCGAAUGGGCUGAUUUCUGGGGCUCGGUGUGGAAUUUUGACAAUUUGUACGAGCAAUUCAUCACUGCAGAGCAUUGGGGCGUUGCUGGCCAUGUUAACACCUCGUAA